CCGGGCCGGGCUGGAGCGGUCCGCUGCCCUGAGCGCUAGGGGGGAUGGGGGAGGGGGGCAGCGCCACGCAGCCCAGCCCGAGCCGCCGCCUCCUGGGCUGCUCCUCCUACCCGGCCCGGCCCGGCCCGCCAGCCCUCCCUGCUGCAGCGCCCCGAAUUGAGCCAUGCUCGGCCGCCAGGCUCCUUGCCGCCCCCUCCCCCUGGGCCCCCUCCUCCUCUUCCUCCUGGCCUCCCCGGCCACCCCGGGCCCCAAGGAGAGUGACUUCUACAACUUCAAGGUGGUCAAUAUCAGGGGCAACUGGGUGUCCCUGGAGAAGUACCGCGGCUCGGUGUCACUGGUUGUCAAUGUGGCCAGUGAGUGUGGCUACACCGACCAGCACUACCGAGCCCUGCAGCAGCUGCAGCGGGAGUUGGGGCCUUACCAUUUCAAUGUGUUGGCCUUUCCUUGCAACCAGUUUGGCCACCAAGAGCCAGACACCAACAAGGAGAUUGAGAACUUUGCCAGGAAAACCUAUGGUGUGUCCUUCCCGAUGUUCAGCAAGAUCGCUGUCCGUGGUACUGGGGCCAAUGCUGCCUUCAAGUAUCUAACUGAAUCCUCUGGGGAAGAGCCAACUUGGAAUUUCUGGAAGUACCUAGUAGCCCCGAAUGGAAAAGUGGUGGGAGCCUGGGACUCAACUGUGCCGGUGGAGGAGAUUCGGCCCAAGAUCCAUGAGCUUGUGGGGAAACUCAUCCUGGGGAAGAAGGAUGAAUUAUAAUCAUUUCUGACUUUCCCUUUGAUCUCACAAUACCAAAUGUGAAUGUCAAUUUUUCUUCAACAGGUGCCUUGCAGGGAGAGAUUCCUCCUUUCUUCCUUCCUGCCUUGCUCUUCAAACCCAGAGAGAAAAACUUGGGUUUUCAGUGAUGUAUUUUCUACUUUUAAUCUAGACAGAGCCAGUAAGAACCCAAAGCCAAUAAGAACUCAGUAGCUUCUAAAAACUUGUGGCUAUUGGUAUCUCAGAAUCUCUUCUAAGUAAUGACUUGGGACCAAUAAACACUCAGCAGCCAAUAAGAACUCAAAAGCCAAUAAGACCUUGAAACCAAUCAGAGCUCAGGAUCCUAUGAGAAUUUAGCAGCCAAUAAGAACAUGUGACCACUAAGGAUAUUUCAUCCGCCAAAAGAACUUGUGGCUACUAAGAUUUCAUUAAUUAAUAAGAACUUGGAGUCAAUAAGGACUAAAUAGCUUAUAGAAACUUCUGGUCUAAGGUCAAGAGGCAGUAAGAACUUGUGGCCAAAAAGAAUUCCUUAUCAACCUAUAAGAAUUUGUGACUAUUAAGUUCUGAGUAACCAGUUUAGAACCUGAUGUCAACAAAGACUCAUUAGCCUCUUAGAAUGAAGUCCCAGUAAACAGCAAGAAUUUGUAACCAAUAAGAAUUCCUCAUCAGCCUAUGAGAACUUGUGGCUCUUAAGAACUAAAUAUCCAAUAAAAACUCGGAGCCAAUACUCAUCAACAUGAAAUAAUAAGAUCUUAAUAGCCAAUAAAAACUCAUGGGCAAUAAGGAACUUAUAAACCAAAAAGAACUUAUAGCCAAUAAAAACUCUUUGACCAAUCAAAUCUCACCAGCCAAUAAGAAUUGUAAUCAAUAGAUAUUCGCAAUUGAUAGGAACUAACCAGCUAGUCAGAAUUUUCUGCCAAUAAGAAACCACCUACCAGCUUUGAAAUGUCGAUGUAGUCAGAGCUGGAAGCAAGUGCUAGACGGAGUAGGAAAGAGAGUAUUCCACUACCUGUGGGAGGAGGAGAGGGAGAGAAAAGGAAGGACCCUGAUAAAUCACAAGUAUCAAAGUCCCAAGGGUGAUUCCCACUACUUCAAAAACCAAGAUUUAAGGAAGCCUGGUGCUAAUCCCAAUUCUGGGACAGACACAACCUCUCUCUGAUUUGCCUCCUUUCUCUGGACCUCAUUUUCCCCACUUGUAAAAUGGGGCCUGAUUGAAUUAGAUGGUCUUUGAUGUUCCUUCUACAUUUUACAUCCCAAGGAUUCAUGGCAGUUCCUCCUUACCAUUCUCUUGACCUCAGCUCUAGUGUGAUCAUAAGGGGGACCAUUGUGGCUAUGAAACCAAUCUCCCCCCAGGAUCUCUCCUUACAGCAGGGCCCAGGAAGUUGGGUAAGGAGGUUGUCUGCCCUAUUUGGGAUCCAACUCAGAAUUAUUCCUGACAUGUUACAGUGGGGUGAGGGGACCCAGACAAUGCAGCCCAAGCCCUUUCGUAUCUCCUCAGAUCCUCUGAGCUAGAAGGCCCCACAAAAACUAUAUGCCAUGAAUAAGAGUCACUACCAAUGUGGCUGCUGUAGGUUUCUUUAAUAUGCCAUACCUACACAAUCUCAUUGGAUUUCGUCCAAUCUAUACCUGAACAUGAAUCACCUCUCUAACAUCCUUAACAGGUGGGAUUUUACAGAAGGAAAACUAAAGCCCAGAGAAGGAAAGUGCUUUGAACAGUCACACAGCAAAUCAGGACUUAGACCCUAGCUUGUUUGUUCCCAGUUCAGGGCACUUGCCUAACCCUGUUCCCCUUUCCCCAACUCAGUUGCUGAGGAGGUAAUCUGAUUCAUUAGCUUGUUGGCACCACUUUGUUGUUAUUUUAGGAGAGGGGGAGGAGGAGGAGCCUGGGGGCUUGAGAGGGAAAGAGCUUUGGGCCAGGUCAGGUUGAAUCGGGAGAGAGGUCUAUCAGGUCCUAGCAUCCCUCCCUCUAAUCCCCUAUACCGCCUUCCUUAAUCCUUUAACAAUAAGCUAAAUGCUACCUGCCCGUAGCCAUGGCCACAGUGACGGUGCCCAGAGAAGAGCCUGCCCACCCGCCUGCCUGACUAGAGGCCCAGCUUACCCUCAGUGAUGACUCAUUCCUUGUGUGCAAACACAUCCAUUUUGAUAAUAAAGGCAUAUGGAAAACAAAA